AUGUACUCCUGUGCCAACUAUCCUCGCGGUUGCCGCGGCCGCGUCAACAUCCAAGGAGGCAAAUGCGCCGACUGCGUGCAAUUGAAGCUGCGUCGGCCGCUAUCGUCAUCUCCCUUUGCCCAGCCCAGGGACUACCGGAGAGCCCUGCCGUCUGAGCUCCUCAAUGACUCACCAUUCAAGGAGAUUGAGCGCUGCAUAUGA